GCCGCCCGUCAGCGCCUCGGCGGCGCGAUGGAGCUGGUGGCCGAGCUGCGGAGCGGCGGCGGGGAGGCGCGCUCGGUGCGCGUGCGGUGCCCGGCGGCGGAGGAGGGGCCGGGGCGGGCGGCUGCGCGCGCUGCGCCUGGGGCUGGGCGAGCUGCAGGAGCGCCUCGUGCAGCUGCUGGCGCCGCUCGAGCGGCCGGAGGCGGGAAGCGGCGGCGGCGCCGAGGAGGACGAGGAGGAGGAGGAGGAGGACGACGACGACGACGAAGAGGAGGAGAACAGCGUGGAGGGAAACAGCGUGCCCGAGGACCCCCCGCCGAAGAGGACGAGGGUGCAGCGGCCCUGAGUGAGGCGGCCGGCGGGGCCCCGGCGGUGCGGCCCCGUCAGGGUGUGGGGGCUCCCUCCCCGACCCGGGGCGCUGAGCGGCCCCGGCCCGCAGGGUUAUAGGCAGUGGGCGCUGCCCCUGCGGAGCUCGGCGUCGCUUCGAAAUGACAAUAAAAGGAAAAAAAAAUAAAAGAA